CCUCGAGUCCGGCAGACCCGCAGACAGAUUCGCCGCCCAAACCGACCGUGUGCGAGGCGAUCAUGGAGCACGCUGCCGCGGAGGGUUCGCAGUGCCGCCAUAGCUCGCCAUCGUCUCCUGACUAGCUACCCCCCUCCGUCCGUCCCGCCACAGGAUCGGAAUCGGAUCUGACCGGCGACCAGUCACCAUGCCGGGAACGGGAGGUGCGAGGUGCGACCGUCCUGAACGACCUUCCCGAGUGGGUCGUCGUGGAAGAGAUUCUCAUCCGCUUGCCGCCCAAGGACAUCCUCCGCUGCCGCGUUGUCUGCAGGUGGUGGCACAGCGCCACCUCCACCGACAAGUUCAUGCUGGACCACCACCGCCGCCAGCCCUUGCUCCCGAUCCUCAGCCAAGUCGUCGACCCGCAGCCGCCGAAAGUCCACCUCUUGUUUUCCUUUGACGCUGGUGCAAGCCAGCAACAGCUCUGCCCUGUCAUCCAGAUCCAGACCUACUACCACGAUACACUCCACGCUUCCCUUGAUGGCCUCCUCGUCGUCUCCCACGGAUCCGUGGUGUCUCAGUACUUCAUCUGCAACCCGGUCAUUCGCAAGUGUGCUCCCCUAGCCAAGCCUCAAGCCCAACAGGGUUUUUACCCCCGGAUUGUCGGCUUCUAUCGGCACGAACCAUCGGGAGGAGAGUACCGAGUGCUUUGGGUCUCUAGCAACGCACAAGACGAAAAACCUUUCUACUACGCCAUAGCGGUGGGAUCCAAUAGUACAAGAUACAUCGGACAAGGAUGCACCCCACAACCAACAUCCUCGUCCCCUUCCUUGGAACUGGCGUUACAGAGGGGUCUGCCCUGUUCGUCAAUAUUGCCACCAGCCCACCACCGUAGCAGUCUGCACUGGAUACUUCAAAAACACCAAAGCUGGGAUGCCGACUACAUAAUGGUGUUCAACGCAGCAUCUGAAACAUUUCGGUUGAUGUGUCGCCCUGCCCGGUUGCCCAACUGCUUACAUGAGACGUUGCUGGAGAUGGAUGACGACACUCUUGCUUUGUGUAGCAUCAGCAGUGUCAAACACACCAUAGAUGUUUGGGUCGUACAUGACUACGAUGCCGAAACCUGGUCUUUUAAGCAUUGCAUGAAUUUGACUGGGAUGGACCCAUCAGUGCUUGUCGAUCCAAACCCAAAGGACACAAUAGUCCCUAGGAUGGCUGUGCUCGGUGGGGGUGAGAUGCUGAUCCAGUUCACUUGGUUGUGUGUAUUGCGUUUUGACAUCGAUGGCAAGUUUUUAGGAUAUGUGAAAAGCGAAGAUGGCCAAGAAAUCUACUUGUGGGUUACCUGGCAUUACCUCCAGCAGAGCAUUAUUCCCCUUCCACUGUUCCAUGAGAUGAGAGAAGAUGACAGUGCGAAUCAGGAGCCUCCAUUUUUCAUAGGGCUGUAGGAUGCAAUGCUUAAUGUUCUACACUGCCGGUUUGCUGCGCCAUUGGAGUAUCUAUUCUAUAUCGACCUUAUCUUUUGUUCUUAGUUGGUCUUCUUAGUGCUGCUUGUAAAACUGAACAAUUUGGAUGGUAGCAAAGCACCUCUGCUGUCAUCAUUUGGUGUCUAGUAUCUUGCCUGUCACCAUUUUGAAGUUCUGAACUAUGGAGAAUCUUUGCUAUAUGACUAGUGCAUCCCCUCGUUUACCUCCAGUUUGCUUUUUUUUUUGGAACCACGAAAGGCAUGGUUGCAACUAGGAACAGAUAAUUGCGCCCUAAGAUAAUGUGUCGAACAACACUACUCGAGAAUCAAUAUGCCAAUGGCUAGACAUCUGCUUUCUUUCUGAUAAAGAAUUUCGUAGGUUAUUUUGUUACGGCUAUUGUUGGAAUUCUUAGCAAUUAAUUUUGGUAUUCGUUGGUUUUGACAUGUUUUGAGAAAUAGAUCCGUACUUUGUGGUGGUAUGUUUGUAGACUGGUAGUGUUGCCAGGGUCUUAACUUUUUGGAGAAAUGAGUUGGACAUGUCAGGUGAACUGUUUGUAGAAUUCUUAUUCUCUGUCAAUGUUGAUGUGAACAGUUUGUGGAUUUCUUUAUUCUUAAGUUGCUUCUAUCGACAUGAUUUGGCUGGCACAACAAAAUUUUCUUUGAAAUUACACUGGCGCACCAUGAAUAUGUAGUGCAAGUGGGAAUACAUACAUUAAUAUUCAGAUUUUCCCUGUUUCUUUUUCUCGUUUCCAAAGGAACUGAAGAACAUAUGGUGCAUUGGUGCUAUGCUUUUGGCAAAUAAGAUCAUGAAAUAGUGGUUCCUAGACUUUAUUUUGCAUCUUAGGUUCCCAGAAUAGGUUUUACCGUUGUAGGAUUAAAUUAUCUGAGAUUCCGGUGGUCUUUUGUUAUGAGCAGGUUCCGCGGAAACAACUCUGGACAUAUCUUAACAGAAGACAAAAGAUGGUAUUAAAUCUUCCGGCGUUUCAGUGUUCUUUAUGAAGCCAGGAGGAACUUUGGAGCUGGGGUACCUUGCAAAUGUUGGUGGCAUUGCCGAAAUUCGUAUUCAGAUCAUGAGAUCAGGGUUCUCGUAUCAUAGCUAAAAGCUAGCAUCUGAACCUACCACAGCUGGUUGCAGAGAGACUUGUUUAUUCUGUUGAGCAAGCUGGUGAAUCAACAGAGCAUCAUUUUUUCUCCACUUGACCGCUAAGCUAGCUUUGCUAAUUUGGAAUAGUUAACUGCACAUUUGAGAUGUCUUAUGAUAUCAGAGGUGUAUAUCACUUUCAACAAUGCACCUUGGAAGGAUAAGGAGGCAGCCAAACUGUUUCAGUCUACUGGUGUAGUGUAAGCAUGAACUCAACUGAGCUCUCAACUUAGUAGAUUCUGCUUUCUAUGUAUGCAGUAUGGUAAUCCUGAUUCUGCUAGGUGGAUAGAUGGAUGCUGUGGAUGUAAAAAUCCGUCAGUUUGAUCGCCUAAUGACUGCAGUAAGUAGUACUUGACCAACA